CUGCGCCACCCAGGCGCCCCAGGACUAUUCUUGCACUUAGGAGAUACAUGCUGAAGUAUUUGGGGUGAAGGGCCAUGAUGUUGGCAAAUUACCCAUGAAUUAGCAAUCAUAACUGUAAUAAACACAUAGAGUAAGGAAUAAGUCAAAUGUGGCAAAAUGUUCUCAGUUGGUGAAUCCAAGUGAAGCAUGUACUUGGAUUUAUUGGAUUAUUCUUGCAAUAAAACUUAAAAAAGCGUGUGCCUGCAACAAAUGGAGUUACAACAGAGAAAACCCUGUUUCCAGCUAUUGGUCUCACAGUGUAGUUAUGUAAACAAUAAACGGUAAUACGUAGAAGUUCAGAAAAGGGUGGAGGAAAGGGUUCCUGGAGUAAAAGGGUGCCCGGGCUCAGAUAAGGAUGUAGCAGGAAAUACAAACAAACAGUCACACAGGGUGCUCUUGGGGACCAGUGGCAAGGAUGGAGGUGGGCAAGCUUUGCUGCUGGAGGUGGUGGGGAGAUGAUGUUGGCUUUGAAGUGCCAGCAGGACCUGCAGGUGAUGGUCAGUAGACUGUUGGGAAUGGGCAUCUCUAGCUCCAGGUGCAGAUUUGGGAACCAUCUGUUCCGGGAACAACCGGAAGUUGUUGAAAUCUCAGAAGGCAGGAAGUUGGUCAGAGAGGGUAUCUCCGGUGACAGAGGGUUGAGGACGGAAGCCCAGAGAAUACCCAGGUAAAGAGUGGUGGAGGAGGAUGAGCUACCAGAGGGACUGAGAGGGGAGGGCCGGGUAAAUCAGAGGAGGGAGUGAUGCAGAGGAGAGGUGAGGGAGAUAGGAGUAAGGAGAGUUCAAGGAGAGCGUGCUCCGUGUGGCACAUUGCCAAAGGGAGGUCAAGUCAGGUGAGGGGCAAAAGUGUUCCCUGGACUUGGUAGUCAGGGAAAUCUUCUUGUAGGAAGUGAAUUUUUUUUUUUUAAGGUUAUUUAUUUAUUGAGAGAGAGGAUCUCAAGCAGGCAGCACGCUGUCAGCCCAGAGCCCGACUCAGGGCUCAAUCCCGCGAACCGUGAGAUCAUGACUUGAGCUGGAGAUGAAAUCAAGAGUCAGAUGCUUAACCAACUGAGCCUCACAGGUGCUCCCAGGAAGUGAAUUUUAAGCUUAGCUUCGGAAGGUAAGAGUCAGGGAGGCAAAGGAUGGAGGGUGAUGGUGGCGGAUAAGUCUUCACAGCACAAAGCAUAGGUGACAGCAAGGGGAGAGGAGGACGCAAAGUCCACUCAGGCGACUGCAGAAGGCCAGCGUGGCUGGAGUGUGGUUGGAGGAGACAGUGAGGUGAGAACAGUCAUGGGCAGUACUGCUGGUGAAGUAGGCAAGGGUCAGAGCAUACAAAACGUUUUAUAAGAGUUUGGAUUUUGUCCUAAAAGUGAGGGACACUACUGGAGAAUUUGAAGUCUUGGGAUCUAUUAUUGAACAUUUCUGCAUUUUACAAAGAUCCAUUUAGAGAGCACCUGGCUGGCUCAGUCAGUAGAGCAUGUGACUCUUGAUCUUAGGGUCCAGAGUUCAAGCCCCAUGUUGGGCCAGAGCGUACUUAAAAAAAAAAACAAAAAACAAAAAACCAAAUAAAAAGAUCCCUUUGGCCACAAAUGGACUAGCACCUUGGUGUGGGGUGAGGGUGGGGAUAAAUCUCAGGCUGGGGAGACCCUCUGGAGGCUGUUGUGGUAAUCUAGACUUGCACAGUAGGUAUGCAGGUUGAAAGUGAACAGUGACUUAGGUUUGAGAAUCAAGACAGAGAUGUUGGAACUAGUUGGAGAGAGAGAUUGUAAAGCAUGGGUUUCUGGGUGACAGAACUUGGUGGGUGUUGGCUGCCGCUAUUCACCGAGAUGCAGAAAGAACAGGUUGGGGGAAAAUAGCACGAGUUCAGUGUUAGACAUGUUAGGGUGGGAGGUGUCUGUGUGCUAUCCAGAUUAUGUCCGUUGGGCAGUUAGAUGGAGAUCCUGAACCAAAUGGAGAGGUGUUGGGUGGGGACUGUCAUAUAUUUGGGGCUCAUAAGCACAUGGAUGGUUUGGGAAGUCACAAAUAAAGGAAGGCCAGAGAAAUAAGAGGUUUUCUAGGGAGAAAAUGAGGAGGAAUUUUUAAAUUAACAUUGAAUUUGACCAUGUGAUGAUUGAAGGGGAGUAAAUAGGAAAACUGAAAGGAUCCAAGGGAGUAAAUUCUUCCUGUUAUAGGCACCUAUUAAGAAAUUGUUUACUCAUCAAUUUAUUCAUUUAUUGAGCAAAUAUUUGUUAACCUCAGAAGAAUAUUAACCUUGGAGUAAAGAGACCUGGAUAUUAUGGACUCUGAAAUGAGCUGACUUUGUUAUCUUGAGCACAGCACUUAAUCACUCCAAGUCUGGUUUCUUUAUGUCCAUUUCCACUACAAGUUUUCUAAGAAAUAUUAAUAAACGAAUCAUAACUUCCAAGAUAUUUUAUAAUAGAAACAUAUAUAAAACAGUAAGUUAGAACUUAUGGCAUAGGUCAGCCUCAAAAUUUGCUAAAGGUGAGACUUUAUGAAUGUGUCCUCUUUGGUGUAUUAAUACUUGAUCUGGGCUUUUCACUCAAGAUAGUAGACUGUGCACAUGUGCUUAUGUCCGUUGCUUCUCUGAACCUCAUUAAAAGAGAAGAAAAAUAAAAAAUGGCAUCACUUGCCAACAGUGCUGGGAAUAAGACCAGAAUUUUUUUUUUUUCUUUGACUGUUCUGGAAAAUUACAAAGGCACUGGCGUCAUCAGGUAAAUCAGUGACAGAAAAGGCAGCCAAUGGAGGUAGAACUGUUCUUUCCAGAGACCUCUGGAAGCUUCCAUGCUUGGAAUUGCCAGAUACGGAUAUGGAUUAGGAAGUAGGAAGAAAUCAGGAAGAAAUAAUUGAUGAAUGGAAACGUGGACCAACUAGUUCAAUCCCCACGGCCCCGCAACUGCUUAUACUUUGAAUUCACCCGUUCCAGUCUGUGCAAUUCAACUUGGAACCUGUUGUGCACUGAAUGUUUGUGUCGCUCUCAAAUUCACAUGUUGAAUACACAGUGAAUUCACAAACUGAAUACCCAGUUUGAUGGUGUUUGGAGAUGAGGCCAUCGGAAGGUUAAUUGGGUUUGGAUGCGGUCAUGAGGCUGGGCCCCCAUGAUGGGAUUAGUGUCCUUAUAGGAAGAGGAAGAGACUGGAGCUGUCUCUGCACUGUGAGGGCAUUGCGGGAAGAUGGCUAUCUGCGAGCUAGGAAGGGAGUUCUCACCAGGAGCCAUAUCAGCUGCACCUUGAUCUUGGACUUCCCAUCCUCCAGAACUGUGAGGUAUAAACAUGUGUAGUUGAAGCCACAGUCUGUGGUGAUUUGUUACGGCAGCCCACGCAACCAGGAGUCAGUCUUUGCUAAAGUUAGCCUCACACCCAGCACUCCCCACUUCAGGCCACGGCCUUCCAAACAAAUAUGAAGUGUUAUUAUGAUGGUACACAAUGGAUGGUGUUUUCAGGGCAGAAACUUUCUUUAUAGGCAGGUUUCUCACAACAUUUAUCCCUAAAGCUUAAUUGUAUUAACCUGUGCCUUAAAGAAGUUACUUCUCUGGAGAAAUAGUUUCUGCUGCUCAGAUUUAUACAUCCUGGGCAAUACCUAGUUACUCUGUUUCUAUUGUUUUCUUGUUCACAUAUCAGGAUUUUUUUUUAGUUUUAACUUUUUUUUUUUUUUUUUUUUUUUAUUUAGCAGAGGAUAGAUAGCUCUCUUCGUGAGUUCCUGAAGUACAGAUACUACAUAGGUAGUGAGUAUGAAGUUUGUAUCUUUAGGUGGGCAAAGAUGUUUUCUAAUAACUUGGCUUAAUCCAGGAGACACUGUCCUCUCUUUAGAAGAAAAAUACCAUCUUGUCAAUUCAAAGGAAUUUAUUCCAAUUGUUUUCCUCACUCCCUCUUUCCCGUACCGUACCGUAGGUGAGCUCAGUUUCUGCAGGUGGGGAUGGGUGUGGUUUUGAAUAUCUUGGCACUGGGGGAGGAGCAUUUGGGCUGAAGACCAUCCUUUGCCUUCUCAGCUCCCGCUUCUUGGGGACUUGGACAUGAGUCUCUGUUGAUUCCCUGGGCUUUGCUCUGGCUUCUGAAGGUCCAGCUGUGCGGCGUGUUUUUGCUUUCCUCGGAAAAAUGGGAAAUGAAGGAAAUUUACGACCAUCUCUUGGAAGUCCCGGUCACUAGGGAGCAGUUACACCACUAUCGGAAUGUGGCCGAAAGUGCUCGAAGUGACCUUGCUGCAACUUUGGUCAAAUUUGAAUGUGCUCAGUCUGAGAAAGUGUUUAAAGGAAAAUGAGGAGAAUAAGAAGCAAGUCUCAAAGAAUUGCAGGAGACAUGAAGAAUUUCUAGCUCAACUUUGUGACUGCUUAGAUCCGGACAAGAAGAAUGAAAAGGCGUCAGAUGAAGAUUUAAUUCUAAAGCUUAGAGAACUGUGCAAGGAAAAUGCAUUCGUGAAAGGACAAAUCAUUACUCUUGAAGAGACUGUAAAUGUCCAUGAGAUGGAAGCAAAAGCUAGCAGAGAAACCAUCAUGAGGCUGGUUUCAGAAGUAAACAGAGCGCAGAAAAAAGCUGCCUCCUGCACUGAAGAGAAAGACAAGCUGGGCCAGGACCUGCUCAGUGCUGUAGAGACAAAGGAGGCUCUUGAAAGGGAAGUCAAGCUCUUCCAAGAAAGGCUGCUUGCUGGCCAGCGGGUCUGGGAUGCCUCGAAGCAGGAACUGAGCCUCUUGAAGAAAAGCUCUUGCGAGUUGGAGAAGAGCUUGGAGGCCAGCCGGGAUGCGACGGCAGCCUCGAGAAACCAGCACUCCUCGUUUAGGGAGAAAGUCGCAGCGCUGCUCGGGGGCACCUGGGGCACGGUUGUGCCCACGGAGGAUGCUAUUUUGGAAAGGAUCCGAGAAAUGACCAGCCAGGGAGAGAGCAGGAAAAGUAUGGUCUCCCAGCUUGAAGCCCGAAUAUCUGAGCUUGUUGAACAGUUGGGAAAUGAGUCUGGGUUUCACCAGAAAGCUCUUCAGAGGGCCCAGAAAGCAGAAAGCAAGUUGGAGACUCUUCAGGGUCAGCUGACAUACCUGGAGGGAGAGCUGGCUUCUGGAGAUGUUUUGCGAGAUAACUUGAAUUUUGAGAAACAAAAAUAUCUUAAAUUUCUGGAUCAGCUCUCAGAGAAAAUGAAACUGGACCAGAUGGCUGCUGAACUUGGCUUUGACAUGCGCCUGGAUGUAGUCUUAGCUCGCACAGAGCAGCUGGUCCGCCUCGAGAGCAACGCAGUCAUUGAAAACAAGACUAUCGCUCACAAUUUACAGAGAAAGCUCAAGACUCAGAAAGAAAGACUGGAGAGCAAAGAACUGCAUGUGAACCUUCUCCGGCAGAAAAUUGCCCAGUUGGAGCAGGAGAAGCAGGUGCGUUCGGCCUUGGCGGUAGAGAGGGACGAGGCCAAUCUCACCCUAAGGAAGUUGCAAAAGAAGGUGGAGAGGCUGCAGAGGGAGCUGAGUGUGUGUCGAGAAUCGAACACGGAGCUCAAAGCCCAGCUGGCUGACACCCAUGAGCUUAAGAUUAAAACUUUGGAACAGACCAAAGCCAUUGAAGACCUAAAUAAAUCCAGAGACAAACUUGAGAAGAUGAAGGAGAAAGCUGAGAAAAAACUAAUGUCUGUCAAGUCAGAACUGGAUUCUACAGAGCAUGAGGCUAAGGAGGAUAAAGAGAGAGCCAGGAACAUGAUAGAAGUGGUAACCAGUGAAAUGAAGACACUAAAAAAAUCUCUGGAAGAAGCAGAAAAGAGAGAAAAGCAGCUGGUGGACUUCAGGGAAGUGGUUUCCCAGAUGCUGGGCUUGAACAUGACCAGCCUUGCACUUCCCGACUAUGAAAUCAUCAAAUGUCUUGAAAGACUGAUCCAUUUACAUCAGCAUCACUUUGUCACCUGUGCCUGCCUCAAAGAUGUGACACUUGGGUGAGACAGGCACCCACAAAGCCACUUAAAACUCCUUCAUUGAAUACCAUGUCUCUUGAAGGAGGUAGAGCUAAGCGAUGGCACACAAUUCUCGAUUUCACGAAUUCCCGAAACCUUUGAAAUUUGAUCAAUAUGCGAAUACCAUAUACUUUGAAUAGAGCGAGGAUCCGUCAUUUGCAAAAAAAGGAUCUCAGAGGUGCCAGCUGAAGGGAAAUGUCUGACGCUAAAAACACCUAUUGUUUUAUUUGCUAGCACUUUGGGACCCAGAAGAGUUCCAGUAGAUUGUAAACCUAGAGUGGGCAAUGGUGGUAGGGAAUUUACAUUUAUGGGAUUCCUUUUAUGACUUGGGGGCUUUCCUACCCAAUUUAAUUCUCAUAAUAGCCAUGUGGAGAAGGUUUAGUGUUUGAUUUUACAACCUCUCUGGGGCUCAGAGGGGGUGUUACCUACCCAAGAUCGCAAUUGGUUAGCAAUUGAACCAGAAGUCUUACCAUGCUGGCUCUGGGUCAAAGGCUGUACCUUCUCUGUUACAUCACACUCCUCCCGUUUCUCCUGAAUUCCUGUGAUCCUAGUGAAAAUUGCCCCCAUAAAGAAGGGCAGACAUUCAUAGAAUCAAGAAUUGAAGCCCCCAAAGUAACAGAUUUAUGAAUGUUACCCAUAUGAUUUCUUUAAAAGGCAAUAUACCAAAUUAUUUGGUAAAACAUACAUAGGGUCUGAGGUCCUGUAAGAAAUUUACCUGUUUUAUUUAAAAAAAAAUUUUUUUUAACAUUUUUAUUUAUUUUUGAGACAGAGAGAGACAGAGCAUGAAUGGGGGAGGGGCAGAGAGAGAAGGAGACACAGAAUCGGAAGCAGGCUCCAGGCUCUGAGCCAUCAGCCCAGAGCCCGACGCGGGGCUCGAACUCACGGACCGUGAGAUCGUGACCUGAGCUGAAGUACGAUGCUCAACCAACUGAGCCACCCAGGCGCCCCGAAAUUUACCUGUUUUAAAUGUGGCUGCCAGAUCACAUUUGGUGGCAAUUUUUCAUGUUGGAGCAGGGUUGAUCUCAGUCCUUGAAAAGUUAAACCUUUAAUGUGAAACCUGUCACAUGAAAUCCUGUACAGUUUUAUUCACCAGUUUAUCAGAUGCACUGACAGCAGGGGGACUUUUUUCAGACUGGGAUUUUAUUAUGACUUUCUGUCAUUUUCUGCCUUCUUUUUAAAUUUGUAUUUCACAGAUAUUUUUCAGGAAGCCAUAUUCUUAACUUUAUUGAGAGAAACUUUUACUUUUUUGGUCGAUUACCUUAUUUUUGCGAUAUGUAAUUUUCUAAACAGUUUCUGAAAAAAGUGUUGGUGUCUAAUUAAAGGAGAGGGGAAAGACAGAUUACAUCCGAACAUUAAGAGAAAAAGCAUAUUCUGCGGGGCACAUCGGUAGCUUAGUUGGUUAAGCCUCUGACUCUUGAGUUUGGCUCAGGCCAUGAUCUCACAGUUCCUGAGAUCGAGCCCCAAGUCAGGCUCUGCACUGACAGCAAGGAGCCUGCUUGGGAUUCUUGC